AUGCCACGCAACACCUCUACCAUCGCUAACAUCCCUAACUUCCUUAACCUUGUGAAUGCCUGUAUCCUCCCUCCCUUCCACUCCUCCAUCGAGGAAGACGCCAACGUCCUCCUCCACACCAAACUCCUUGCGGCCCUCACAACAGGCCUCUUCCGCAGCGGAGCCUUCGCCACCACCCCCCCCACCACCUCGCUAGAGGGUCUCCUCAGUACGCUCCACCUCUCGUCGUCCCCGCUUCUCACAGCGGCGGACAAGCGCAUGCUGGGCGAGAUGGUGAUGGCGGUGGGGAUCCAGGGGACACCUGGAACGACGCAGCUGGCUGCGCGCGCAGCGCUGGGAAUGAUCCUCAAUGAGGAUGCACGAGCACGGGGUGCGCCGUUGGUGGAUUUGUUGACGGGCACGCCGGAUUACUCUGCGGAGUUUGUGUGGAAUGAGGAGCUGGGGGAGUUUGAGGUGGUUCCUGGGGGAAGUGUGGCGGUUUCUAAUAGACGCCGGCUGACGGUGUGGUUGAUUAACCACUCGUUGGAUUGUUGUUUGGGACGUUGAGGGCUUUGUAUGUUUUGUCCUUCACACCUUUUCUUUUGGGAACUGAUCGCUAAUGUGUAUGUAUCAGGUCUUUUCUCUCGUUCGCCUCUCUCUGCUGGCAGAUAUGAUGGCACGAUUAUCUGUCUGUUGGGUCCCUCUCGCCGUAAGUUCAUUCCCUGAUACCACUCCCCUUUUGUCCCGCAACAACAACUAACAAGACUUUAGAUCAACUGUUCUGCUGGGCGCUGGCGCCUAG